GCGGCGUCGGAUGCAGCCUCCCGCGGCACGCCACGCCCCGCUCCGCCACGCCCCGCCACUGCAGCAUCAGCGGCGACUCGUGGUCAGUGCUCGCCAUGACGGCCUGGUGUCGACUACUCCUCCUGGUGGCCGUGGGGCUUCUCGCGCCCGCCCGGGCCGAGCGGUCCUUCACGCUGUUCAUCGAGGCCGCGGGCAUCGACGAGUCCAGCCCGGACUGGUUCGGCGCGGACAAGACGUGGAUGAAGGUGCGCACCGUGAACAAGACCAUGAACGUGGUGGAGUGGGACCUGGACCUGCUCAAGGAGCUGAGCAGCGCGGUGCAGUCCAAGUGGGUCAUGAUGGAGAAAGCAGACGGCGGGUACCGGCCGAGCAGCAUCAAGGGCAGCGCCACGGUGUGUGACGACCUGCACAGCAAGAGGCCGGCCAUCAAGGCGCUGGGCUACUCGCGCUCCAGCCUGCCCAAGAGCUGUCCCAUCAAGGAGGGGCUGUACUCGCUGCGCAACCACAUCCCGAACGAGAACUACUUCCCCGUCAUCAUCCCCGGCGACCAGUGGCGCCUGUCCAACACGUGGUCGGCCGAGGGCAAAACCGUCCUCAAGUUCCACCUCGACAUCAAGAUCGACCGGACCAGAAAGCUGCAGGGCUAGCCGACUCGCGUACGAAUCUAUUAUUUCAACCAAACUGCUACCAAAAUUGGUUUUAUUUAAAUAAUUUUUGGUCACUUUACAA